GCAUAUGAAGAAGUUGUUUUCAUGGGAAUAAAAUGGCGCAUUGGUUUCAUCGAAAUCCUAUAAAAGCUUCUGCACCAGUGUCUUUUGAAGCCAUUAGACACAUUGCAACAAACGCUUCCUCAUCAAAGAUUUUAUCAGAUCUGAAACAAAGUCGCUCUCAAUUACUGAGCCUGUUGACUGACCCAGCUAAUGACGUCACUGCUGUCAAACAAGCCUAUGAGCAAUAUUUCUCUUUUCUUGUUGGUCUCGUCCAUGAACCUAGUGGUUCUGGUGAAAGUAAAUUACGCAAGUUAAUCAUGUUCAAGUGGACUAAUUCUAUAUGUGGAAAUACUCCAACAUGUUCAGCAGAUGGUGUCUUUGAAAUGAUAUCAAUGUGUAUUAAUGUUGCUUUAUGGUAUACAAAACAUGCUGCUAAGAUGGCUGCCAAGGAAGACAUUACUAUGGAAGAGGCAAAGGAGGUGCAUACGUGCCUAAGAACAGCCGGAGGGAUGUUUCAAUAUGUUAAGGACGGCCUGUUAUCACAACUUGGUGAUAUUUCAGCAGAAAAAGGUGCAGACACUGAUGGACGUGUCCUGGAAGCUUACAAAAUGCAAUGUGUGGCAGAAGCCCAAGAAGUGACCGUGGCACGUGCAGUAGAGUUAAAGCACAAGGCAUCACUAGUUGCAUCAUUAGCAAAUGAAACAUCAGGACUGUUUACAUCAGCAGGAGAUGCACUAAAGUCAGUGGAUGACUUAAAAGCAGGAAAAUGGAGGAAAUAUUUAGAACUUAAAGCUGCAUUUUAUCUGUCUUAUGCACGGUGUUUUCAAGGAGAGCUGCUUCUUGAUGAAGAAGAAUGUGGGAAAGCAAUAAGUGCUCUACAGGACAGUGACAAAAUGUAUAAAAAGGCAGAGGCAUUGUGUAAAGAGUAUGCUUCAACCAGAGGACCAGGGACUACAGCACGCCCUCAAGAACAUCCCUUUUUUAAGAGGAUUGGUCCUCUGAUGAAAACAAGACUGGAUAAAGCCACAAGAGAGAAUGGCUUUAUUUAUUUUCAUAAGGUACCAACUGAACCACCAGAUCUUGAACUCAAAGCAACUUAUGGAUUGGCUAGUCCCCAGGAAUUCUCUCCUCCAGCUCCUGCUCCCACAUGGGUGGAUGCUUAUGCUGCAUUUGAUGCUUCCAAAGCACAACCUCCAAAGACUACUGGUGGUGAAGAUGUUAAGCCUGUGAAUGAAGCAGAAGACAAAGGCCCUGUCAAGCCAGCCAAAAACAGCUCUGGUUGUACCAUCUCUUGAAAUUAUGUAGCAAUGAUAUUGGCAAAGCCAAUCCAGCAGUCUAUCAUUUAGUCUCUUUCAACAGCUGCGACUUCCGGUCUCGUCAAAUUUCCUCCCCAAAAAUUUGAAGAGACCGUAAGUCGUGGCUUUUGAAAGAGACUAACUAUCAUUGAAUUUGAAUUUGUAAAAUAAUUGUAAAAGUAUACAGCAAAAUAAUCAAUUUACGCAGGAUAUUUUACAGCAGUCAUAUUAACAUUCAUAUUUCCCAAUAAAUUCUUAAUAAUAAUUAUUGACACAACGGUUCUUAUCAUGUUGAAUGGCACUAAGUGCAAAAUAUAAUUGUGAUAUCUUCCACACGCUAACUUAGUUGGUGCAAAAAAAAACAACAACAAAAAACAAACAAAUAAACAAACUUUGUCUGAAAAGUAGCUUCUUGAUGUUUUGGAUAUUGCUCUUUCAUUAAAAUAAAAGGGUCCUUUUAUAGAAACAUUAGUAAGAUUUCUUCUUAUUUACAGGAAUGAUUUAUCUUUCUAUAACAGUGUUACUGUGAAAUUAUUUGGAAGAUGGUUGUAGUGCUGUGUAAAUGAUAUGCCCCUUUCUGAGUGUGACUGCAGAAUCUCAUAGUGAUAAUCCAAUGUGAUGGAUGAUUCAAUAAAUGUCAAUAAAGAUAUUAAUUUACUGAA